CGGAAAGAGAGCCCUUAAAUUGAAAUUGAGAGAAUGCGAGAGACCGCACUGACCAGGACACGUCCUCUCCUCGCAAGGAGUUCCACGUGGACCCAGUCAUUGACCAAAACAGAUCCCGGGGGCCAGUUCGAAUACUUUCAAAAUACAUCCUUCCCCCCAUAUAUCGUCCACCUCUGUUGUUACGUCAGAUCAGUGAACACUUAAAGGAAAGGAAGAAAAGAAGGAUGUAUUGAAAUGAUUCGACCGAUGACUCGCUCUCGCCGCUGCGCAGUGCAAAUAUUACCGGGAGGGCUGAACGGUAGAAUCUCCCGCUAUGAAAUCACAACCUCAACUUACAACACGACGUUAGCAUGCGUUUCUCUGUCUACUCGUCAAACGGGCCAUCAGGUAGGAUAUGGCAAUGUGCAUCGUUAGAGACUGGCGCUGACAUGUUGGUGACGGGUGUGCUUUUUCUGCUCCUACUCGCGCACCAGUGUGUUUCUGCGCCACAGGUGCCCGGGGACCAAAGAGUAGAGUCAGCAGGAGCCCCUCCCCCUCUCACACUUGCCAAUCCCUUUGGCUCUGGAGACGAGGAGCGCAGGCUGCUGCAGAGCUACAUCAAGGCCAACCUGAAGGAGGGACAGGGAGGACCAGAUAGCACCUGGGAACAAGAGGUGUUUUUCCUGUUCAGUCUCCAUGACUAUGACCGCAGCGGUGACAUGGAUGGCCUGGAGAUGAUGAAGCUGCUCUCUGAAUACAACUCCCACAAUACACCUGGAGAACAGUCAGCUGAGCCGGUGGUGGACAUGGUAGACUUUCUCCUGCAAACUCAGGAUCUAAACAUGGACGGUCUAAUAGCUCCCCCUGAGCUACUCUCUCCCCCCAAACUACAACAACCAGACUCCUACUCCCAGGGUGCACCUGAACAGGGAGGGCGUGUGGCCCAGGAGCAGGUAGAGGUCCAAGUGGAAGUCAAAGUUGAUGAGGAACCAAAACAAGAAAAGGCAGUGCAGAAAGAGGAGAGGAAUGUAGAGAAACAGCCCAAGGAAGAAGAGUCAAAGCCAGGAGUUGUGGGACAGGAAGUUAAGACCAAUGAACAUCCUAUACAGGCAGAGGAGACAGGACUGCAUAUCCCAGAGGCCCCUGCUGCUGAUCAUGAGCAAAAUAGGCCUGCUCCUGUUCAUCAGGGGCAGCCUGAAAUGUAAACACACACACAAUAACACGCAAACAGCACUCCAACACAACUACAAUACUUCCGUCCAGACCGAGGGGGUCAGUCAAUAGCAGGAGCCCUUUGACUGACAGCAGAGUUAGCAAAUCACAGCCCCUCAUCUACCUUGGGGGAGGGGCUUGUUUCACAUGGAGGAAUUUGUCUUUGGUACAGAAGAAUUGUAAACAAAUGUCAGCCAUAUUGUUUAAGCUGCUGUUAUAUUUCAACACAUUGCACUUCCGAACAAGAUCAAGUGAGAAUAUAAUUCAGUAUUAAAUGUAUUUUGCCAAAAUAUACACCUUACACUGCUAAAUAGUACAGUUUGACCUUCAGUUUAUUGAUUUUGGGGUAAAUAGUUGCUUUAUCUGUUGAAGCUAUGAAAAUGAAGCCAUAUGUUGGAAUGGACAAUCUGAUAAGUUAGACUGCAUGUAUGAACGUGUCAAACGCAAUGCCUUUAAAUGAUAUUUGGAGGAAAAGUAUUCCCCUCCAGUGCAAUAUUAAGAAACAUUGUUCACUCCCCCUCAUGGAUGCAAAAGGAGUGGUUUGGUGUAAGAAAUUCAGUGGAAAAAGCCCUCUAACUCAUGGAAUUGGGCGCUCUUGUCACAGCAGCUGUUGACUAGAUACUCCCCUUUUCCAGGUCAAAAACCCCAGGCCUUUUUCAAUUGAGACCUAUAAACUAAGUGCCAUCUGGUGAUUUGCACAAAUGAUAUUUUUUUGCUUUGCUGCCUGCUCAGCCACAGUAAUACUAGAGCCCAAUUUAGUCUCACUCUUCUAGAAGUGUGCACUUGUUCCUUUAAAAUCCAUGAGGGGAGUAAACAAAUAUACAGUUCGGGGAGAAGUGUAAUCAAACAAUGAUUUAGGAACAUGGGAUGAAUAUUUGGUUUGCUGUAAAUUUCAUUAAUUGGAAGGUUUGUAUAUUUAUGACAAAAAAUAUAUAUAAGCCAACAUGACUGCCA